AUGGGGUGCUGCUACAGCAGCGAGAACGAGGACUCGGACCAGGACCGAGAGGAGCGGAAGCUGCUGCUGGACCCUAGCAGCCCCCCCACCAAAGCCCUCAAUGGAGCCGAGCCCAAUUACCACAGCCUGCCUUCCGCUCGCACAGAUGAGCAGGCCCUGCUCUCCUCCAUUCUUGCCAAAACAGCCAGCAACAUCAUUGACGUGUCUGCUGCAGACUCCCAGGGCAUGGAGCAGCAUGAGUACAUGGACCGGGCAAGGCAGUACAGUACCCGCCUGGCUGUGCUGAGCAGCAGCCUGACCCAUUGGAAGAAGCUGCCGCCACUGCCAUCUCUCACCAGUCAGCCCCACCAAGUGCUGGCCAGCGAGCCCAUCCCCUUCUCCGACCUGCAGCAGGUCUCCAGGAUAGCUGCUUAUGCCUACAGUGCACUUUCUCAGAUCCGUGUGGAUGCAAGAGAGGAGCUGGUUGUACAGUUUGGGAUCCCGUGA